ACAAUUCGUAAAAUAUCUUUACGAAGAUGUUUUGAGUGAAGUAAAAUCGCUUCUAAAAAUAAAAAUCUAUCUUUUUUUUUGACACAUUACAUUAUUUAUUGGAAACACUUGCAGAUAGAACAAACUACAGUAAAAGACAACUUCCUUCUAUGACGUCACCGGAAAUCAAAGGAAUUGUCAUCGAUCUGGGAGAGGUUUAUGAAAAUUAUCAGCAUCUUUUCAGUCAUGUCAAUUAGAUAGCGGUAAUACAUAUUGUUCGUUUCUACAAAAUAGUCUUCUGUGACUCGCUAAAAUGAACGGGCUAUCCUUUAGUGAGUUGUGUUGUUUGUUUUGUUGUCCGCCAUGUCCAUCCAGAAUUGCUGCGAAAUUGGCGUUUCUGCCUCCGGAUCCAACCUACUCACUGGUCCACGAUGAAGCAAACUCAAGAUACAGUUUUCAUCUCACAGACCGCGCCGAAUGGCAGUAUUCACAACGUGAACUGGACUUAAUAGAAGUCUUUCAAACUAGAACCUCAAAGGGGAAUAGGAUCUCGUGCAUGUACGCUAAGUGUUCACCCAAUGCACGGUACACAUUGUUAUUUAGUCAUGGAAAUGCUGUUGAUCUGGGGCAAAUGAGCAGCUUCUACAUUGGACUUGGAACCCGAAUAAAUUGUAACAUUUUUAGCUAUGAUUAUUCAGGCUAUGGUACUAGUACAGGGAAGCCAUCAGAAAAAAAUCUGUAUGCAGACAUUGAUGCAGCUUGGCAGUCGCUUAGGUCAAGAUAUGGAAUUUGCCCUCAAAACAUUAUACUCUAUGGACAAAGUAUAGGGACAGUUCCCACUGUAGAUCUUGCCGCCCGAUAUGAGGUAGCUGCUGUUGUACUGCACUCUCCCUUAAUGUCAGGAAUGAGAGUGGCUUUCCCAGAAACAAAACGCACAUGGUUUUUUGAUGCAUUUCCAAGCAUUGACAAAGUACAGAAAAUAACAUCACCUGUGCUAGUGAUUCAUGGAACUGAAGAUGAAGUGAUAGAUUUCUCCCACGGCCUUGCAAUAUUUGAACGCUGCCCACGUACAGUUGAACCAUUGUGGGUAGAGGGAGCUGGACAUAACGAUGUGGAAUUGUUUGGGCCAUAUCUUGAGCGACUGAAACAGUUUGUGACUGUGGACUUGGCUGUCAACUGACGCCAGCAGACGGGAGAGGGUGGGGAUUGUAACAAUGCAACUGUUGCCCAGUUAGAUUUGGUCACGGAGCUGGAAACACUUUUGUGAUGCAGCUAUUGCAGCAAAGCCGGGCUGUGUCCUUAUCAACUGUGAAUAAAUUACUACCAGUAUCAAUGAUUUUUAUGUCCCCCUUUAUAGUAGUGGGGAACAUAUUGUUUUUGCCCUGUCUGUUGGUCUGUUUGCGCCAACUUUAACAUUUUGCAAUAACUUUUGCUAUAUUGAAGAUAGCAACUUCAUAUUUGGCAUGCAUGUGUAUCUCAUGAAGCUGCACAUUUUGAGUGGUGAAAGGUCAAGGUCAAGUUCAGAGGUCAAAUAUAUGUGGCCAAAAUCGCUAAUUUUAUGAAUACUUUUGCAAUAUUGAAGAUAGCAACUUGAUAUUUGGCAUGCAUGUGUAUCUCAUGGAGCUGCACAUUUUGAGUGGUGAAAGGUCAAGGUCAAGGUCAUCCUUCAAGGUCAGAGUUCAAAUAUAUGUGGCCCAAAUCGCUUAUUUUAUAAAUACUUUUGCAAUAUUGAAGAUAGCAACUUGAUAUUUGGCAUGCAUGUGCAUCUCAUGGAGCUGCACAUUUUGAGUGGUGAAAUGUCAAGGUCAAGGUCAUCCUUUAAGGUCAGAGGUCAAAUAUAUGUGGCCCAAAUCGCUUAUUUUAUGAAUACUUUUGCAAUAUUGAAGAUAGCAACUUGAUAUUUGGCAUGCAUGUGUAUCUCAUGGAGCUGCACAUUUUGAGUGGUGAAAGGUCAAGGUUAUCCUUCACAAGGUCAAGGUCAUCCUUCAAGGUCAAACAUCAUAUAGGGGGACAUUGUGUUUCACAAACACAUCUUGUUGCUAUAGUUACUAUAGUGAAUAAUCAUUAAUUCACUGAGUCUCACUCAGUUGAAUAUUUAAUUUUCUUGGUAUAUUUUUAUACUUGUACUUGGUAUGUGUAAAAAUUGCAAAAUAAGAACAUUUUUAUUUGUACUGGUGUAACUAUUUGCUAUUUGUUAUUUAAAAAAAACUUGCAUCGAGUUGUUAGAAAAUUUUAUUUAUUAUUUUGACAGCUUUUUGGGGUUAAUUAAAAUUUAAUUGUGUUAAAGGAAUUUGAAUGCCUUGUUAUAUUUUCUGCACUUUUUUAAGAAUAAAUCAAAAUGUAACAAAUACAAAAUUUGGACAAUUCAAAAUAGUCAAAUAUUUAUCCAGGAAAUUCAGGUCUUUUUCUUUUAUUUACUCUUACCUGCAGUGUACAUGUACAUCAUCAUGAAUUGCAUACUUGUACUUGUAAUUAUCACAUUACAGAUGAGAGUGCUUUACUAAUUACUUUAUACUCAGUUGAAGGCUGAAUGUUCCCAAUUUAUCCGAUGUUCUAUCAAACCUGCAUUGUACUCCUGUCAUGUCUGGAUAAUGUCUUACUGCACAUUAUGAAUGUGCAUAUGUUUACAUGAGACAGGCGUAUGGUUUUAGUGUACUGAUAAGAUCAAUGUUUGAAUUCCUUCAUAAAGUAUGUACAGGUGUGUAGAAUUAUAUCAGCAAUAAUACAUGCUAGAGUUCAAUGCAUGUAAAAUGUUAUAUUUACCAUUAAAGUGCUUCAACAAACAGUGCGGUCACCAGUAAGAAUUGUUGCAAUGUAGCCUGUAUAAAAAUGUGCUACAUAAUAUAUGACUAUCGUUGUAUGUCUUAUUGGUCUUUGAAAAUACCAGUGGUUGUUUUGGGCGAGCAAGUCAGAAUUCCUAUACUUUUUAACAUCAGAGAAAAAAACUGAAAAUGUAUUUAUAAGUAAACUUUUAUUCAAAAGAAGACUAUUUGUUAUAAGGCAAUGAUUACAGUUGCUGAAAAAUUGAUCCAUGCAAAUAAAUGGGUAUUUAAUAAAAUCCCUCCAGCAAAUAAGCUUCCUUUUAUACGUUUAUUUUUUCAACUCCCACACCAAAAGCAUUUUUCUAGGAGUAAUACUCAUUUUUACAUGCAUCUUUCAUUCGGCACCAAGUGCUCAAAAACUGAUAACAACUGUGUAAAAAUGCAUCAUUGUAAUGCAGCGAACCUGUUACAUCAUUUAAAAUAUUUGUUUAAGUGUUUGGAAUGCAAAUCUAUUCCUAAGCAGGUUAAGUGUAAUUUGAUGUACAUGUCACAUGGAAGUUUGUGACGGAUUUGAUAAUAUAAACCUUAAACAAUAUAACAGAAACGUUGGUAAUAAUUAUUGAAACACAUGUAAGAAAUUGAGGAUAUUGUUGGAUUAGGUGGAUUAUCGAUUUUAAUUCACAAGUGAUCAUAGAAAAUAAUAUUUUCAUGAGUGUUGCUGCCACGAGUGAAAAUAUAUAUUUUCUAUUAUCACGGGCGUUCAAGUAUCCAACAAAUUUUCUUUUUAUUUAAUGCUUUUUUCACAGUUCAAAUACAUUGUUAAAGAUCUCUAUGUAUUGGAUCUCCAGAGGGAGGAAAUUAUUAAAACUUCACACAAACUUGUUUGUAUUUUUGUAUUUACUUCCGUUGUGAUCGACAGAAGAAAACGCUAUGUAAAGUUGUCAUAAUAAUCGUUUACUGAAGAAGGCCUUUGGCCGAAAUAUUUAAUAAAAGAGCAUUGUUAAAGAGAUUAACUAAAGAAUUUCGCUAGGAUAAUGACGUCAUUUCGUAAAAAAAAAAUGACGUCAUUUCACAGUAAACAGUUUUAUCGAUAAUUUUCACUGUUAAUUUUCACUGUUUAAACAGUGAAAUUAUCAGUUUUAAUUCACUGAUAUUUCUCUAUAAUCUACCGGAAAGAAUACAAUAUAUAACUAUAUUCAUAAAAUGAAUGUUAGCUUGCAGAUUAUUCAAACAGCUUUUCUUCUUCCAUUUUGUUACUUAACCUUUUUUUUUUAACUUACCUUUCUCGCCAGUAAAUCUUAUCCCAAGUUAAUUUGAAUCAGAUGUUUUGUACAUGUAUAUUGUAGACAGGAAAGUAGAACAUUUAUUACUUUAUUGUGUAUUGCAUAAUUUUUAAUUUUAACCUAUGUAUGCAUGAAUUACACAUAUACAUAUAGUUUUCAAUGGUGUCAACUUUACAUUUUGUGUAAUUGAUAUCAUUUCUGAUUUAUGUUACUAUGUAUCAUAUGACUUGCACAUACUUGAUGAAGAUUAUCUUUUUGCGCAAUUCUAAAUCUUCAUUUAAUAGAUACAAGUUUACUUAACAAUGAACAAAUUGUAAAAAAACUUUAAGCACAAAUACAUUAUAACAUAGAAUAGUUAAUAUAAAAAACGAGGCAGUAUAGAACAGGCUCACCCGUAAAAUAUUACUUUCAUGUGCUUUCUUGACUGAAUCUUGACACAGCUGCAAGUCAUAAGAGGAAUAUUUGUCCACUAAUAUUAUGUUCAACAGUUAAAGAUAAUUGAUGAGUUUAAAAAGAACAUACAUGUGAACCAUGUUCCAAAUAGGUUGUUCUGUGUUACCAUACAUAUCAGAAAACAUAAAAGUUUGUGGGAUGGUUUGUUCAUAUUUUUAGUAUACAUUUAUUAAUUUCGCAUGCAAUGUGAGCAGUUUCUUCAUACUUUAGAAGUAUAUUCCAUUUGUGGAAUAUGUUAUAAAGAUAUAUCUGUAAAAUGAGCGGCAUUACUUUACAAUGUGUCUUCUGCCAUAUGCGGUCAGCCUAGCUACACUGUCCACUCAUGAAACUGUGAAACCGUACAUGACUUUGAGAAAGACAGUGUAGCUCCUGACCACACUGCAAAAUUGCGAAGGCUGUACUCGAGCUUCACUGGUUGCACAUCGUAUAAGACCCAUUUUGACAUUUAGUUUUCAAAUGUGCUGAAUUAUUUGUAAGAUGUACCGGUACAGAGCUUCAUACUAUGCUUUGCAUUUGGUUUGUUUAUGUUAUAAUGUUUUGUUUUGUGUUUUAAGAUUAUAUUGUUUGUAUCAAUAAACAAAAAUAAGUGUUCAUUUCGUAACUCUGGUUUGAAACAUGUCUUAUAUUUUGUGCUCAUCCCUAGGGUUAAAACUGUUGAACUUUGUGGGUGUUUGUAGUCACUUUACAUUAACUUACUGUACAUAGAUGUGACUUCAUAGAAUGUUGUGUUAAACCUCAUUCCAUAUUAUCUGCUGUAUUUAAUUUAAAUAAAAAGCAAAUGGAGUUGGUUGUUGUUAUAAGGGUAGAUUCUCAAAUUUUGCACUUCAUUUAGUUUGAUGUUGUGUUAUUUAAUAGUAUGAAGCAUGUACUUUUUAUUGAAAAUAACCAUGGCAAAAUUUUAAAGCUUCUUUCAGCAGUAUUAAAGAAAUAACUUAAGUAAAUAGAAUUGUUAUUUAAAUACUAAAAAGCAUUUAAGAAAAAAUGAGCAAGGAUGUCAUCUGGGUUUCACAAUGAUUAUUUACUUUCGUCAAAAUCCUCCUAUUCACUGAUUUGAUUAUUUGUUUUUUAAAUACAAAUUUAUUUAUUGAAUGUUCAUUGGAACAAUAACUUUAAGUGAAUCCUUUAAGAAAACCUGUUUAUUACAUCCCUCUAAGGUCUAUGGCAUGAUUGCACUAUUGAUUGCAUAAAUGAAAACGCUGUGUAGUUAACCAGUCACUAUUUGUCACUAAACAUUUAUCAGACAAAUGAUGGGUUUUUGUUCCAGUGGGAAAGAAUGUCACAUGGUUAUAUGAAAAGUUUGCUUGGAGUCUUUGGCUAGACAACUUUAACCAGGGAUUAAUGCCUAUGUAUUUAAUUUAUUGUGGUCUUAAAAUCAAUUUGCUUGGUUCUGUUAAUUAUAUUUAAAUGAUGUUUUUUUAAUUUUGAAAUUCAUUUCCUCUGUAGGUACUUCAACACAAGUUGCUGUUAUUCUUGACUUUUCUAUUUAUGUAUAUAUUUUGUUCCACGGAUAUGAUGCUCUAUAUGUACACAAUGUACAUGUAGCUAUAGGAAUGGUACACAUUUUAAACUUUACUCAGUUUAGUCUGUACUUGAUGUAAUACAGGGUGGUUGUAUAACAUAGAAUGUAAACAAAUGAAAAACCUAAGGUAUAAUAAAGUUCCAAAGAUUUCCUCAAAUUAGAUUUUAUUUGCUUAAUUUACUUGCUAUGCAUCAUUUUAGUUGGAAUUAUUUUUGUGAAUGGACCGUUGAAUUCUAUUGUAUUGAACAUUUUGUAAACUACAAUAUUUGAUUUACAAAAAUAAAAAUAUAUGUAAAUAUUAAAUGUGCAAUGUAUUAAAUAGAUAUACAUUAUCUGUGAAUUAUCUAUUGUUUGUCUCAGUUGUUAUAUGUGUUACAUAAGUCUCUGCUCAGUUAUUUAAUGCAGGGUGUUGACAGAAUUGUAUUUUUUUUGCUAUAUUAGGACUGAUACUAACAAUUCUGCUAACAAGUCCAUAACUGAUCAAAUUAUGUCUAUUUUUGUUCAGGUGAAAGUCUGUGGACAAUUGCUGUUGGACCGGCCCAGUGUUUUUUUUUAAGUAAAAAGUACAUUUAUGUAAAUUCGUACACAAAAACUUACACAAAUAAAUCUUAUGCAAACUGGACAGAAAUGACAAUAUAUUUUAAAACUUUUUUAAGAAGCUAAACUUGAUUGACUAAGCUGCUUAUAAUUGAGUACAUCGAUUUUAUCUACAAGAAUUGUUUCAUUAAUUUCCAUGUGUCUUAAUUUCAAUCAGAAUUAGUUUGUCUUUCAUGAAUUCAGUUGCUCCAUGUUUAUGUGUUUCGGGUUUGAACUUGUCCAUUUUACCAAAGGUAUUUUGAGUGCAGUUUAGAGGUCCCAGCACAUAACUCUGCUAUUAGCACUUUGUUAUCUGUUGCACUAUGCUUAUACCUUUAUUUGAUUUAUCAUCCUUAUGUUGCAUGUUUGCAUUUCUUUUGUAUUGUUCUGAUUAUUUAGUCCAUAAAAUGUUAUGUAACAUGCCAAUUACUCUGAAUUUAGACAAUAAAAUGUUACAGUACA